UACAAAUAUAAAAUAUACGUCUGCCUUCUCAAUUUCUCAUUAAUUUCCUUCUUUCUUCAUCAUUCAACUCUUGAACAUAUAUUAUGGAGAUGUCACUUGUCACUUUGAGUUGCUAGGAAACUUCAAUGGGGUUCCUCCACUAUUCAGAUUCUAACCUUAUUUAGUUCAUCCUUUUCUCUCGGCUCUCUAUCUCCACACUUGUUUCUCGCCUUUACUAAUGGCCGUCACUGAUUAUUUCGCCGGUGAAAUAGCGACGGAGCUUUUGAAGCAGCUCUUUCUGAUAUCUGCGAGAGCAGGCCGGUAUAAAAACACUGCCGACAACCUCAGCACUUUGAUUGAGAACAUUCAACCAACGAUCAAAGAGAUCCAGUACAGUGGAGUUGAGCUGCCUGCUCACCGCCAGGCUCAAAUCCGUAUACUCUUUGAGUCUCUAGAGAAGGGCAAGAAACUCAUGGACAAAUUCUUAACAUGCAAUCGCUGGAAUAUGAUUCGACAGUUAUAUCUCAUGAAGAAAAUGGAGAAGUUAGAGAGGACUCUCUCUGAUUUCUUUAGGGCUUCCAUUUUGACACACAUCCUCGCCGAUCUUCAUCUUCUACGAGCCAAUUCUGAUGAACGUUCCCAUGAGCACGUCACAUCAACCAAAGGGUGUGACUAUGGACUUGGCUCAAUUCAGUACCAGCACCUCCAGCCCAACCUAGACAUGGAUAUGCGGGUCACCAUUUUGGAGACUGAAUUCCGCACCUUCUCCAACAACGUCACCAACAACAUGCUGGCGAUGAAGCGAGCGCAGGAUGUGUUACUACGAGCCAACGGCAUUGACCCUGAGACCCUCCUACCGAUGGUGUCUCGUCCUGCAGCCUCCAUGAAUCCUCCUGCUUUAGCAGAUACGACUUAGGAUACUUGUAAGCCACUCAACCUUGCGGAUAUGGAUGGCCAAUCGAUUGCGGACUACUUGGAGGACUACGAUCUUUAAAACCAAAUUGCUUUCGAUUUAUGUUUUUCAAAUUUAACAAAUUAUGUUUGGGUCACAAUUUUAAGCUUCUUGUUUUUUUCCCA